UUUUCAGAACCGAACGCAGAAGCAGACGUCCAUAUCUAUUGUCUUAACUGUCACUCCUAUAUAACGCUUUUCCAUAUGCGCCUUUUUCGGUUUAAAUGUGCCGAACCGGUUUUGAAUUAGUAAUCAAAACUACAUUGUACCCGUUCGGCUGCCGUACUUGAGCUACGUCAUGAGCAUGAGCGGGCGGUGAUUGGUCGGUUUCAAUCCUCGCGGGCUACUUGAACAGAUUGAAGCCUCUCGUCUUUACAUGUUUCUGUGUAAAUGGACUGAGGCUAGCUUUACCCAGUUUGCAGGUUGGUUCAAAUUUCUGGGUCAAUUUGUGAGUAUGGCGACUUAACAUCAUCAACUGUAACUUUUGUGCAUCCUCUGUUUUGCCUUUUCCGCUGCAGUUCGAAGUAUCGUUGCUAUCUCAACAGCUUACUUUUGACUUAGCGUUUCUCGGAGCUUCAUCAGAAAGGAAACAAAUUGCUAAAGCUAGCCUCUCUCACUGCGGACCACGUUAAUAUUUUGUCCAUAAAUCCACCAGUUUUUUUUUUCUAAUACAAGACUGCACUCACCAGGCUUAGUCAAGCGGGGAAAGACAAGGCUAUUGUGUACUUUAUCUGGAGGAAACAUGUCAGGAGCCAACAGAACACAAGGAAGCGCGGCUAAUACCGAGUACCACAACCAAGAAAAGAUGUUGUCAAGGCUCAGAGGCUCGUUGAAACCCCGAGCUGCUGCAACAGAAAACCAAGAAAACAUGCCCCCGAAACAAGCAACAGCAUCCAACAGAACCGUCCUGGGACCCCUACAGAACACUAACCAGCGGAGUAAAACCCAGAACCAGCGCGGCACAAAACAGGAUGCAUCAUUGCCCUUGUCCUGUAAAAAUGAAGAUUUUGGCAAAGCCUGCCAUGAGAACACUUCAUCCAAGCAGCCUACUUUCCAGAUUCACGUGGAUGAGCCUGAUGGUGCCUGCACCAAAAAACAGCAGGUGGUUGAUGCAGUCAAAGUAAAGUCGACAGAUGAUGUUCACUUGGUGGUUGACAAUGCUGUGGCACGGCUCCGGCAACCUCUGGCCUCACUUGACAUUCCAUCAGCAAUGGAUGUCAGCCUUCUAGACUCUCCCAUGGACAUGUCUGUGAUUGAGGGGGAGGAGAAGCCGACUGAUGUAAAUGAAGUCCCAGAGUAUGCUGAUGAAAUCCACACGUACCUCAGAGAAAUGGAGUUAAAAACCAGGCCUAAAGCAUGCUACAUGAAGAAACAACCUGACAUCACAAACAGUAUGAGGGCCAUCCUGGUAGACUGGCUGGUUGAAGUUGGAGAAGAGUACAAACUCCAGAAUGAAACACUUUAUCUUGCUGUAAACUACAUCGAUCGCUUCCUGUCCUCAAUGUCUGUCUUGAGGGGGAAGCUUCAGCUGGUUGGGACUGCUGCAAUGUUGUUGGCCUCGAAAUUUGAAGAAAUCUACCCCCCUGAGGUGGCUGAGUUCGUUUACAUCACAGAUGACACCUAUACAAAGAAACAAGUGUUAAAAAUGGAGCAUCUGGUGCUUAAAGUGCUGUCUUUUGAUCUGGCAGCCCCAACAAUCAACCAGUUUCUCACACAUUACAUCCUCAAUCACUCGGUUACCAAACAGGUGGAGAGCCUGGCAAUGUAUCUGGGAGAACUGAGUCUGGUUGAUUCUGAUCCCUUUCUGAAGUAUCUACCAUCACAGAUGGCGUCUGCAGCUUACAUUGUGGCAAACCACACAGUGACUGGUGGCUCUUGGCCAAAGUCCUUGAUAGAGAAGACUGGCUACACUCUAGAAGACUUAAUGCCAUGUAUUGAGGAUCUGCACAAAACUUACCUCAAUGCUGCACAGCAUGCCCAGCAGUCUGUUAGGGAGAAGUACAGGGGCUCCAAGUACCACGAAGUGUCUGUCAUUGAAGCUCCAGCAAAGUUGCUGCUGAAGUAGAUCCCCUGUAGGUUUUUUCUUUAUCUUCCCUUGUCAUUUAAUGUUUUUUUUUUUUUUUUUUUUUUUUUUUUUUUAAAUGUGCCAUGAUUUCAGAGGACACAGCCUGCUCUUCUUGGAGUACAGCUGUUGGUUUUUUAAAAGUAUUUUUAUAUACUUAAAUCCAGUCUUGUUAAACUGGUUAAUAAAGCAGUUUUACAGGUGUAACUUUUAAUCAGUCAGUAUGCUGCUUUGCUCUGCAGUGUCUAAAGCCCACUAGACCCAGGAAUAUACUCUUGUAAAAUUCUGUCCAUUUAUCCCUGUUAAGGGUGGGGCUGAUGUUACAGGUUUACCUCUUUGUGAGGCUUGGCCUCAUGGAUACAGAUUAAAGUAAAUCUUGUCUUUCAUGGAGUCAGCUGUGUCGUUACAGUCAUGUCUUGGAAGUCAACAGCAUUAUCUGCACUGUAAAAUGGCUCUUGUAAAUAAAAUUCAUUUAAGACACAGAUUUCUAGUUUUGACUACUGGACUCAUGGGGGCAGCAGAGGACUACUUCAUUGUGGAGCUGUAAGCCAGUGUAUUCACAGCAUCAAUGUGGGGAUAUAAGGUCUGAAACUAAACUCGUAAUUGAAGAUGACUUGGUGUGGAUAGUACUGAAUCACUGAAAUUGCAGGUGUAAUUUAACUAGUUCAGUGACGGUGCAAGAUUCAAGUUUUGUUUUUUACACCCUUUGAAGCUGCAAUGCCUCAACAUUGCUGUGACCAGUAUUGCACUAAUAUCAAUACUGGUAGAUUACAAGUCAUAGCAAUAAUUAUACCUAUACAUGUGUGAAGCACAUUCAUGUACUAUUGGAACUGCAGGCUUCUGUACAAUUAUGUCUGAAAGACGCUCCAUCUGCAAGGGUUUUUAAAGAGCCAAUAGCAUUAAAGGCAUCUCACUCUGCUCCUCCUCUCAUGACAAAUUGGGAGGCUGGCUUUGUGCAAAGGGGCUGACAGGAGAGGGGGAGCACAGCCAGCUGCAGAAAGAUUUUCUUUCUCAGUAGAAUGGACAGCUUCAACAGGUUACUACUGACUACUUGCAUUUCAAACUAACUGGAGGAUUUUAAUAUGGAAACAGAUUGGAAUUCUAUGACAUAGUCAAGCUUUGGAAUACCUGUUUGGACAAUGGCUUCUGUGGCUACAGCGCAGCAUUUGUCAAACCCCUGAGAAGUGAGCAAGAGAGUUUUAGGGGAAGGCGGGUUGCUGCCUAACCCCAUGCCUGCCCCCAGAAAAUUUCUGGUGGCGUCCACCUCGCUGCCACUGGCUCUGGGUUGGGGCUGGAACCUGAGCCUGUAUGUGGGGCUGCUCCUUGGACUACUGUUGCUCAUGAUGCUUCUUCUGUGGGUGCUCCUCAAGCAGCUGAGGAACUCAGUGGGAAAAACCACCUUGCAGCCUGUUCGAUCUUUCAGAAAGCCUUGCUUUGAUCAGAGGCUCCAUCACGUGCUGUGAAAAAAUGGGACAAUUUCACCAAAACACUGCCAGGACUGUGGCUUUUUGGAAUGCUUUUGCAGAUUUAUGUAAGAAAAUAGUUUGUUUUGUACGGACUCAAGUGCUUAUAGUCCCUUGCAGAGUAAUAAAACCUGUUUAUGUUCUUU